AUUUCUGAUGAACCAGGAAGUGGAACCGCAGACAUUUGAUCCGGUUUCCAUUUACAAGAGUUCAUUUGGUUUUUGCGAAGGACAAACAUGACUCGACAUGGAAAGAACUGCACAGCUGGGGCUGUUUACACUUAUCACGAGAAGAAGAAAGAUACCGCCUCGUCGGGUUAUGGGACACAAAGUGUGCGAUUGGGAAAAGACGCCAUUAAAGAUUUUGACUGCUGUUGUCUCUCCUUACAGCCAUGCAGGGACCCUGUCGUAACUGAAGAUGGGUACCUUUAUGAAAAAGAAGCCAUUCUGCAAUACAUCCUUCACCACAAGACAGAGAUUGCUAAGAAGAUGAAGGCAUAUGAGAAGCAGAAACAGGCUUUGAAGAGCGAGGGGCAGCUGGAGUCCAAGUCAGAGGAGAGAGAGAGAGCGGAGAAGUUCAAACAGCGUGAGGGCAACAUUGUGUCCAAGCCAAUCAACCCCUUUACCUCGGGUAAAUCUAAUGAUGAUGAAAAGCCAGUCAGCUCCUCCAGUGACUCUUCAGCAGGGGAGUCCAGUUCUGCUCAAGUCCUGCCCAGCUUCUGGAUCCCCAGCCUUACACCAGAGGCCAAACCCACCUUACUUAAAAAACCUUCAAAGACAGUGUUGUGCCCCAUGUCGGGACGUCCGUUAAAGAUGAGUGAUUUGAUUCCUGUGCACUUUACUCCCCUGGACCCAAGUCUGGACAGAGUGGCCCUCCUUACACGCCAAGACAGAUAUGUGUGCGCCGUGACCAAAGAUACACUUGGUAACUUUGUGCCGUGUGCAGUUCUCAGACACUCUGGAGUGGUUGUCACAAUGGAGUGUGUAGAGAAGCUUAUCCGGAAAGACAUGGUCGAUCCAGUGACUGGAGAUAAACUUAAGGAAAAGGACAUCAUACCUUUGCAGAGGGGUGGGACCGGUUUUGCUGGAUCAGGAGUGGACCUCAAAGCUAAAGAGGCCAGACCUGUCAUGCAAGCAUAAGCGAGAGAAUCGGAGGUGCACGUUACUUCGACCAUGUAAAUAUUGUUAUUAAUUGCCUGGGCUUUUUGCAAGUUUUGUCAUUUGUUUAGUGAGGGGUAAUUUGAAAAACAACAUGCAGUUGUAUUUAUAUUUUCCCUACAAGUAUUGUUUACAUUUAAUCGUGACAUUAUUAUAGAACAGAUAUUGUAGUCGUUUUCUUUAAUAAAUGGUUUAUUUUACACA